AUGUCAACUCUCAAGACAUCAUCCUCCUCUGCUAAAACCGCACUGGUUUUCAACGCCCUGGACCCUAAAACCCCCUUGAUAUCCGUCAAGAUGGCGGGCAUCACCAAGCUCACCACCAACAACUACAUCACAUGGACGCUUCAGUGCCACAACUACAAAGGAGAUCUGGAACAUGCUUGCGGGAACAUACGGGACACCCACCUUACCACUAGUGUUUCCGCCUCUGUCUCGAGCUCGUCGACUCAUGUUACUGUGAGUGUGAAGGGUCAGGACGAGGAGGAACAUAGAGUGUUUAGGAUGAGAAGGAACGAUAAGAUGAGUAAAGUGAUGGAACGGUAUAAUGAUGCGAGAGGUGCGGAGUCGGGAACAUAUGCUUUCUUAUCAGAGGGAGGCACGAUGAUUAAUAAGGAUAAAACACCUGAUGAGAUGGAGAUUAAGGAUGGAUAUCAAAUUGACGCAAUGCUGCAUCAACACGGAGGGUUUGGUCCAUCUUCUAUAAACUUUUUGAGUUGAGUUUUUGUGACGAAUGUGUUAGGACACAAAUAGCUCAUGGUUAUGUAUGCAAGAAAGAAGACAAGAUCUGUUUAUUAUGUAGCAAGUUUCGAAUUGAAAUCAAAAGCUGCAAACUUUUAGGAAACUUGUUUUUUUGUAUAACAAAACAGUUGGAGAAUAUAAUAUAUAUGUUCAAAAAUGCAAUAUCCUAUACCAAAAAAUAUUAUGUUGGAUGAUUAACACAUAUAAACACAAACUGAACUAUUAUCUCUUCCUGCUCUUAAAAUGUUUGAUUAGCCCAAAGUAUUUUGGAUUUUUUUUUGUUGGUAAGCUAUAUACUACUAUGGAUCAGAAAAAAAGGUGAUAUGAAAAUGGUUUUUAUAUAAUUGGAAGAUGAAAGAAUUAACAACAAAAUGUUUCCGGUUCGUCUACAUACCAAAUUGAUGGUAUGGUAAAUCUUUAAUUCUUAACCAACAGUCAAUAGGAGUGUAUGGCAUGCCUCAUUUGACUGGAUCGCUGUUAAAGCAGCACUAAUUCUUUAGUUUUAUUCUUUUAUCUUUUGGUUCAGACUGAUACGUCGGUUGAUAGCUUCCUGGAAUCACUGGGUUCUCGAGAAAUACUCGACCUCAUUUCAGGUGGAAGAAGUAUGUAAAUCUAUUUACUCUUUAGGUUAAUUUAUGUGUUCUCUUCUUAUUGUGUUCUGUCUUUUUUUCCAGGUUGAUUGAUAUGGAUGCUCGAAUGCAUAUGACAGAUGAUGACCUCAAAGCUCUACACCAAUGGUAAAAUCCAUUACAAACUGCUACAUGAUUUGUUUUCACCAUGCUUUUAAUUUUAGCUUGACUUACUAGUUGUGUAGAACAAGUGAACAACAGUCCUUAAAUUCAGUAGAUUCAUGAUACAAUGGCCACUAAUAAGAUAAUAUGUAUAAUGCAUUCAUCACCAUGCUUAGAUUUGAGUUCUCUGUUUGACAUCCACUUGCUAUGUCUUUACAAGGUGUGUUCGUUUUUGCUUUCAGGCCCGAGGAAGAAGAUACUUCUUGCUUUGGGAUCUAAACGUGGAUAGGUUUGCGUCAAGCUUAGGGUGAAUGAUCGUCAGAAAGGCAAAAGGAUCAUGCACUUAUGCUUGUCAUUGACCCUUUUCUUUCUCGUUAUAUGUAUGUCAAGAGACAAAAGUAGGUAGAGUUUUGAGAUUAAAACAGUUGUAACAGAGAGAAAAGCACUGAUAUUGAAAGAUUGAAAAGGAAUGUUGGAAUGGGAAAAUAAAUUAAGUGUUUUGAGCUUUGGAUAUUAUUUCUCUUGGGGACAAUACGACCGAAGCUGGAUACAGUUGCUUUGCUAUUCAUAUUCUACUCUGGUCUAAAUCAAAAACAAAAGCUAGAGUGAACACCAGCCGUCUUAGCUCAGUGGUAGAGCGCGUGACUUUUAAUCCCGUGGCCGUGGGUUCGAUCCCCACAGACGGCGUUGGCUUCCUAAUAUUUUUAAACCUCCACUUGGUAAUUUGUCCCUUGUUACAUUUUCUUUUGAUU